AUGCGACGCAUCGCACUGUGGCCUCACAGGAUUUGUGCGGCGCGGUUUUUUCACUUCAGUCGCCCCCGAUGGGGGACCAUCAUUCCGUACAAGCUGGCUGACAUUGGCGAGGGCAUACAGAAGGUGGAUGUGGUGACGGUCUUUGUGAAGCCGGGGGAAAAGAUUGAGGAGUUUGACAAGAUAUGUGAGGUGCAGAGCGAUAAGGCGUUGGUGGACAUAACCUCCAGGUACGCAGGGGUCAUCAGGGCUGUUCACAUAACGGUUGGGGAGUCUGCGCUGGUCGGUCACCCCCUCGUUGAUAUCGAGGUCGACGACGACGUGAAGGAUGACGCCUCAGGAGCUGAGCCCCAACCGCAGGAAGCGGCUGCCGUGGCAGAACCCACCACCACCGCCACCGCCAGCAGCAGCAGCCCAGGGAAGCAGAAGAUAAAGGCGACAAGUACGACCCCCACCACCACCGCAGUGAAACCGUUGGCCACCCCUGCGACGAGAGGUUUUGCACGUGAAUGCGGUGUCGACCUUGAAAAGUUGUCAGGUACGGGUGAGAAUGGGCGCAUUUUAAAGACGGAUGUCUUGGCACACGCGCAGAGUCAUGGCAACGAUGAGGGCGAUGUGGUGGUUUCACUCCUCACGGGCAUCCGCCAUGUAAUGGUGAGCACCAUGACAGAGGCGGGAAAGAUUCCAAGCUUCACAGCGUGUGACGAGAUUGAGUUGACGUCUCUCUUGAAGUUUCGUGAGGAGCUAAGGAGAAACCUGACGCCACGCUCUCCCGGUGACGCAACUCCAAAAUUAUCGUUGUUGCCUCUAUUUAUCAAAGCGGCAUCUUUGGCGUUGCUGCAGCACCCGCAAAUCAACUCACAUGUCUCUCAAAAAUGUGAGAGUUUUAUUAUAAGGAAGGCACAUAAUAUUGGCUUCGCUGUCCACUCGCCAAAGGGUUUGAUCGUUCCAGUUGUUCGAAACGUGGAGCAGAAAAGUACCAUGGACAUUGUGCAGGAGGUAAACGAGUUGGUCGAAUUGGGCCGCAAGAAUCGAAUCCCACCGGAACACAUGCGUGACGGCACAUUUACCAUCAGCAAUGUCGGCACCAUUGGGGCAACGUACGCCACACCAAUGAUUUUUCCACCGCAGGUUGCGAUAUCUGCAUUUGGGCGACUGCAGGUUUUGCCCCGAUUUGACGUCGACGGCAAUGUUGUAAGGGCAAAUAUUGUGCACCUCUCAAGUACGGCGGAUCACCGCGUCAUUGAAGGCGCGGCCAUGGUGCAGUUCAACAAUGCAUUGAAGGGCCUUCUUGAAAACCCACAGCAGUUGAUUGCGUAG